AUGCCGAAAUGUUCCGUUGUCUCUAGAGUAUUUAUAUAUCUAUGUUCUUGCAGAUACCUCGGCAUUCAACAAGUGAUUUUCCCUCGCAUCUGGAUCUCUUACAUUAAGGCUUGUCUUGAAGCUACCUCCUUUUCUAUUCUCUUGAAUGGGAAGCCUUCCCGUUGGUUCAGACCCUCCCGUGGGGUCAGACAAGGGGAUCCUCUUUCACCCUACAUUUUCAUUUUGGUUGCUCAAAAUCUUACUGCUAUUAUGAAUCAUGCCCAAUCCCUUGGUCUUAUCCCAGGUUACUCUAAUUUAUUGACUCAUAACUUCAAUCACCUUAUGUAUGCUGAUGAUCUGAUUUUGAUCACCACUGCCUCUAGAAAGGUUGCCAGAAAUAUUGUUACUUGCUUAAAUCUCUAUGCUCAACUCUCUGGCCAGGUUCCGAAUAAGUCUAAAUCUGAGGUUUUCCUUCCUCAUUGGUUUAACAAAUGGGUUUCUACUCGUAUCUGCUCUAUUCUCAAAUUUAAGUUAGGCAAAUCUCCUUUUACUUACUUGGGUGUGCUCAUUUCUCCUAAACGUCUUGUUGUUGCUCAUUUUGAUUUCAUGGUUAACCGGCUUAAUGCUUCUGUAGCCAGUUGGGGUAAAUCCAAAAUUUCUAAGGCUGGUAAGUCAGUCUUGAUUAACAGCAUUCUUAUGUCCACCCCUAUUUAUUAUCUUGCGGUGUACCCCAUUCCUGACAAUGUCCUUAAUAAGUUGUCCAUGAUUGCUAGAAAAUUCCUAUGGGCUAACUAUGAUCAUGGUCAAGGGAUGCCUAUGGUGAAUUGGGAUACUAUCACUCUGAAUAAGUCUGAGGGGGGUUUAGGCAUUCGACAUUUACUUAAAGUGAAGCACUCGCUCAUGAACUGCUCGGCUUUUUUCCGUGGCCUUUGCGGCAAUGCCAAUGUUCUUAAACCUUUCUUGUGGAUUAACUGCCUUAACCCAACUAUUACUUCCUUUUUACAUCAUCCUUGGAUUUUUGACAUUCCUAUUGCAUUUAAACCGGUUUUCUUUAACAUGGAUCUGCCUGUUGAGGAUCUUCGCAUUAGUGACUGUUUAAUUAAUUGUAAUUGGAAUGUGACAGCUCUUAAUCUCAUGUUUGGUUCCAAUUGGAACUCUCCAAUCUUGUCUCAUGGUAAGAUUAGUGUUGAUGGCGUUUCUCACUGGGUUUGGUUUCCGGAAUCUCAUGGUACUAAACUUUCUUCUAGCAUCUACAAGUUUCUUAGCAAGAACCCAUGCUGUGGGCAGCAGUGGAUUGGCUGGUCUAAUAUAUGGAAACUUUGUGUUGCUCCUAAAACUAAAACCUUCAUCUGGUUGUUGAUGCAUAACAAAAUUAAAACUUAUGAUUUUAUGUAUCGGCUAAACCUUGGUCCUCCUGACCCCUGUGUGUUUUGUGGUUUGGUUUUAGAAAGCUCUGAUCAUCUUUUUAAAUAUUGCCAUGUUAGUGUUCGGGUUUGGAAGACUGUUGAAAAUCUCGCUGAUAUUACUGUCAAUCUUCUCAAUUUGGUUGAUGAUGGUGUUUGGCUUGAUUUUAGUUCCAAUGGUAAUUCUUUAUUUUUGGCUUCUAUUAUUGCUGCUACUCUCUGGCAAAUUUGGAAGAGCAGAUGUAACUUGAUAUUUAGGCAGGAUUCCUUGGAUAUCUCCAAGAUGGCUAAUCUGGUGAUUCUCCAUGUUAAGGAUUUUGCUGUCAGCUCUAAUGGUCAUCUGAUGCGGAAUUAUAUGAUGAACAACAGACCUUACCCUGGUGCUUUAGGUGUUUUCUCUGCUGCGGCUUGGAACAUUACUACAGGUAAGGGUGGUUUGGGCUUCAUGGCUAUCAAUUCUAAUGUCACUGUGUGCUGUGCAGGCUUUUGCCCUUCUGGUCUGGCCGAUGGUGUUGAUAUGAACUUGAAGGCUCUUUGCUGGGCUCUGGAUUAUAUCAUUAUCUCAAGGGAGUGCUGUUCCAACAUCUUCAUCAGCUCUGAGGACCUUUGGAUGAAGAUUUGCAGUAACGAGGGCCUAAUUUCUUGGCGGCAGGAUAGAUCCUUGGAUUGUCUGCGCCGGCUUCUUCUUCAGUUGAAUCAGCCCCGGAUUGAUGCUAUUCCUCAUUACUGGAAUCGGGUUGCCGCGGCUUUGGCUGGCCAUGGGAUGCAUGCUUCUCAACUUUCACUCUUUCAUAUGGGUUUGGAGAAGCCAAAAUGGCUGAUGAAAUUAUCUCAUCAAGCUGGGUUUGCUAUUUAG